UCGCGGAAGUGGACGCGCGUCGCACGACGAGCGCGCGAGCGCCGCCGACCGUGCGUCUGCUCGGGUCACGCGCACAGGUGGAGAUGGUUGCCACCGAAACGCGUUCCCCCGGAAUCCGCUUCGUUUCCUGCGGGUUCGAUACGACUCCCGUCGCUUUCGGGCUGCGGCUCGAGCGGCCUCGUCGGGUCUGCGUCGGAGUCAUGGGUCUGCUGCAGUCGUCGCCCGGUGAACCGCAGUACAUCGAUCUGGCGGAGAAGACGGGCUUUUCCUUCGAGCAGAUCGCUGUCCUGCAUAAAAGGUUCAAGCAGCUGAGCCACAAUGAGGAAACUUUGCGGAGAGAUCGCUUCAACGAAAUCCCCGACCUGGCCUUCAACCCCAUCCGCGCGCAGAUUAUAGAGGCCUUCUUCGACCGGAGGAACUACCGGCAGAACGGCCAGGGCGCAGUGGACGAGAUCCGCUUCGAGGAGUUCGUGGUGGUCAUGUCCCACUUCAGGCCACCGUCGCCGCACAUGACGGAGGAGCAGCGCGAGGGCGUCCGCAGGGAGAAGCUGCAAUUUCUGUUCAACAUGCACGACACAGACAGCGAUGGAACCAUCACCCUGGAGGAGUACAGACACGUGGUGGAGGAGCUGUUGUCCCGCAGCGGGGCGCUGGGCACGGAGGCGGCCAAAAGCAUCGCAGACGCAGCCAUGCUGGAGGUGAAGAGCAUCUCAGUGGGCGACACGAAACCCGAUGACUUCUAUGAGGGCAUUAAAUUUGAGGAUUUUCUCAAGUUGCUGAAUGGCUUCGAGAUCGAGUCGAGAAUGAGCAUCCGCUUUCUGAAUAUGGACGCGACGACGCUGUGUAAGUGAGGUCUGUUCAGUCGAUGCAGGAAACUCUGAGGACUCGUAGUUUGACUCAACCAGCCACUGUGUAAAAGCUCUGCUUCAACCAAGGCCUCAGUCGUAUGUUUAUACUGCAGCAGAUUUAUUAGGAGCUCUUUAUUUUAUUGUAAGCAGUUAGGAGAGAUACGCACGGUAGUAAAAUCACAAAGCAAUAAUCAAAUAUCCUUGUCUGGAGUAACAGACAGUUUGAGUCUAUGCAUGCAAAUCUUUACAGGUGUUUAUGUGCAUAACAUAAGAAAUUUACUCAAUCAGGGAAGCAUUUAAAUGUUCAAGGUAUAUCACAGCUUUUAUUGAUCCAAAUAUGACGCACAAUAAAAGCUGCAAUGAAACUGGA